AUGGGUUGUACACAGGCAAAAAUACAACAGGAUACUUCUAUUGAUAAUGAAAUUAAUAAGAAAAGCGCUGUUUCUAAUGAUUGUCUCAAGGCUAAUCAUGAAUUUGAAAGAAGACCAAGUGCCAACUCAAAGACAAAAUCACAUCUUGUUAAAUUUACAUUGACAAAAGAAGAAAAAGUUAUAAUUCAAAAGUAUUGGGAAAAUACGGUUUUGGUGCAGAUACCGGAUCUUUUUUUAAGAACUAUGUUAAAUUCAAUUAAAGAGAGUCCAAAACUUUUAGAUGUAAUUAAUUGCAGAAUGGGAGAUCCUAAUAUUCCUGAACUGUCGGAAUGGCCAAAAUUAAAGUGCAUGGCAAAAGGAAAUUGCAAUUUUUUUACUAAACAAAUAGUUGAAAAUCAUUUAGAAGAAUCAUUAGUUAGAAAAGAUAGUGAAGUAUUAGGAGCUAUACAUAUACAAUAUUCUCCUUAUGGUUUUAAACCAACAUUUCUUGAUAUAUGGCAUAAUAAUAUUUUAAAAUUAAUAAGAGAAGAAGUUAAUUUUGAUUGUGAAAAUAGUAAAGAAAAAUUUUUAAGUGCUUUUACAAAAUUAGCACAUUUCUUAAUAACAAUACUUAUAGUUGAGUACGAGGAUCAUAUGAAAUCUGUACGCCUUCAUGAUCGUGAAGUUAGUAGAUCUCAAAAUGAUGGAAUUAGUCCAUGUCCUGCUGACUUUUAA